CUCGCCUCCGGCAUUUCCUCACCACACCCCCCAAAACCCGCACAUCACACACAAUGGCUGCCUCAAGGCUCCUCCGACCGGCCUCGCGCCUCAUUGCCUCGACACGACAGGCGCCCGCUUUCCGACCUGCUUUCCGCGCCGCUGCCCUGACACCGUCAAUUGCAAGGAGAGGAUAUGCGUCGGGACAAAAGGAGAUGACUGUGCGAGAGGCGCUCAAUGAGGCCAUGGCCGAGGAGAUGGAGCGAAAUGACAAGGUCUUUGUGCUCGGAGAGGAAGUUGCGCAAUACAAUGGAGCUUACAAGGUCACCAAGGGCCUCCUCGACCGCUUCGGUGAGAAGAGGGUAAUCGACUCUCCCAUCACCGAGUCUGGUUUCGCUGGUCUGACCGUCGGUGCUGCGCUCGCUGGCCUCCACCCCGUUUGCGAGUUCAUGACCUUUAACUUUGCCAUGCAAGCCAUUGACCAGAUUAUCAACUCCGCCGCAAAGACCCACUACAUGUCUGGUGGUAUUCAGCCCUGCAACAUCACCUUCCGUGGUCCCAACGGUUUCGCUGCUGGUGUCGCUGCCCAGCACUCGCAAGAUUACACUGCGUGGUACGGAAGCAUUCCCGGAUUGAAGGUUGUCUCGCCAUACAGUGCAGAGGAUGCCAAGGGUCUGCUCAAGGCUGCUAUCCGUGACCCUAACCCGGUCGUUGUCCUGGAGAACGAGCUUCUGUACGGUCUCUCUUUCCCUGUCAGCGAGGAGGUUCAGAGGGACGACUUUGUCAUUCCUUUCGGAAAGGCCAAGAUCGAGCGCCCCGGCAAGGACCUCACCAUCGUCACCCUCUCCCGCUGCGUCGGCCAGUCCCUCGUCGCCGCCGAACAACUCAAGUCCAAGUACGGUGUUGAGGCCGAAGUCAUCAACCUGCGCUCCAUCAAGCCUCUUGAUGUUGAAGCCAUUGUCAAGUCCGUCAAGAAGACCGGCCACAUGCUCUGCGUCGAGUCUGGCUUCCCCAGCUUCGGUGUCGCAAGCGAAAUCAUGGCACUUACUUGCGAGUACGCCUUUGACUACCUUGAGGCUCCCCCUGCUAGGGUCACUGGUGCUGAGGUCCCCACUCCCUACGCUCAGAAGCUCGAGGAGAUGAGCUUCCCCACCGAGACUCUGAUUGCCGACUACGCUGCUAAGCUACUUAGGGUAUAAAUGUCGAAAGUAGUGGUUAGUUGCAACUGAUAGGUAUAGCUCUGGGUAUGCAAUUGAUUCAGUGUGUAUCGCGCAUGGAACAUGGUUAGGGGGAGGGCGGAUUGGCGUAGGCAGGGAUGAUAGCUGGCCCCCGAUUUUAGACUCGAAACGCGGGAAUCUUUUUUGGGGUUCCUUUUUCGGGGCAUCUUUUAUUUUGUAUGAUCAGAUGAUGAAGACAUUUGGAAUAUUUGGUUUUCCUCUCGCCUCU